GCUGCUGACAAACUCAUUGAGCUCACUAAGCGCUAAGCAAAUAUGCAUGCAGUAUAUGCACGAGGUAAGCUUACGUUGGUAUCUACAUGUAGAGAGCCCGCGAGCAAUAUAAGACACUCUGUUCCGGUCCCACUGCCUCCCUCAAGACAACAUAAAUACGCUAGAAUAAGCAGUGUCUUACCCUUCUCAGUUGCAACUACCCGCAUCCUAUCUAUCGUCUGACCACUUGUCCAGCGUUGAAUCAAGGCGGGCUUGCUGAGUAUGAAAGGCGGGGGACACUUCACUGCUGGGGACGGCGUCGACAUCUUCUACACACAGGAGGGUCCCCGGGACGGGAUACCGAUAUUGCUACUGCACGGAUGGGUCUGCGACCAGAAUGAUUGGUCGUUUCAGAUCCCCCUUCUCUUGUCUCUCGGCUUCUGGAUCAUUAGCAUGGACUUGCGCGGACACGGACGCAGUUCCAUAGCAGACAACAUCACCGCCUUCGACCCCGUGACCCUGGCCAACGACGCUGCGGCCCUGCUCGCGCACCACGGCAUUCAUGGGGACAACGACCGACGAGCCAUAGUCAUGGGUCAUAGCUUAGGUGCUGUUGUCGCCCACGAGCUGGUCUUUCGGCACACACACCUGGUAUCCGGCACUGUCGAGGUCGACACGGCGUACUACAUGACGCCCCCGGUCAUGAGCGACGUAGUCCAGCUGUUGGAGGUCGCAGACUCAGGCCAAGCAGGCGUAGCGGCGACCGACUUCUUCGCCGCGGCGGGUGUGUAUCCAGCCGACCGCACACCGGCAUGGCUGCCCAUCUGGCACCAGCGGCGCGCCUGGGCGAUGCAAUCCCGCGUUGUGACAAGCACGUUCCAACAGAUGGCGCAAUACCUCGGCGAGUCCGGCGUCGCCUAUCUCAAUCGGACCCGACCGGCUGGCGGUAGAAAUGAGAUUCCAAGAUUCCGUUAGGUGUUCCGCAGAAACCAGCCUAGAGCUGGAACGGCGGGCAGGAGUAGAUGAGACGUUGGAUACG